CGGAUCCGCUACCUACGUAACUUAUCGCUACACCUGCCCCACCAAAAACUUCCCUCAAGACCCCAAGCAACCCCGCGAUCACCGUGCUCUCAUCUGUUUAUCAUCGCAACAACCUGAACUUCCUACAGCAACCAAGCUCUUCUACCGCACUGCGAACACACGAGAAUCUCUCCUUAUACCAUUAGCCUAGUCGCCAACCUACCGCGAAUCCAACCAACUCAUCAAAAAUGGACGACUCCGAGCUCGAGAAGAUCAGAAAGGCCCGCCUUGAACAGCUCAAGGCGCAAGGCGGCGGCGGCGGCGGUCCCAAGGCCGGCGGUCCAUCUGGCGCCGGUGGUCAAGGUGGUCAGGAAGCUUCUAGACAACAAGAAGCCGAAGCCCGCAAAGCCAUGCUCAACCAGAUCCUCAUGCCCGAAGCCGCCGACCGGCUGGGCCGCAUCCGGCUCGUCAAGGAGGAGCGCGCGACCGACAUCGAGAACCGGCUGAUGAUGCUGGCGCAGACGGGCCAGCUGCGCUCGAAAGUCACGGAGGAGCAGCUCAAGGAGCUGCUGAACGCCGUGGCGGACAACAAGGAGGCGGAGAAGAUUGUGGUGACGAGGAGGAAGGGGUGGGGGUUGGAUGAUGAUGAUGAUGAUUUGUUUGAUUUGUAGGGGGUGGAAGUUCCCAGAGGUUGGGAGGUGGUUAUUGCGGGUUUGAAGCUGAAGCAAAGGGGUAGCUGCCUCUGGAAUGAGGGAGAGAUCAGGAAGGUUUACGGUCCUAACGGAUUUUUAAUGGCAUUAUUGGUUUGUUAUGAAUGACAAAA